CCAAUGGGCAUUUCUUUGUUUAUAAAGCCCACCGUAGAAUCCCUAGAUCAACCUCUUUCCUUUAUCAUCUCCUUUUCCCUCUAAUUUUCUUCAAAGCCUUCUUAAUUUCUCAGGUUCAUCUUUACAUAUAUAUUCUCAAAGAUCCCUCCCAGAGUCUCUUCAUUUCUCUCGUGUCAACAAGCUAGCAAAAUUAGCUUUAAUAUCCUUUUUUGAUGCUUAUUAUUAACACCUUGUUCUUGAUCUUCGAGACUCAUGUCUCCUGUAGUCAGUGAAAUCCUCCUUUCUGGUUUGAUGAUAAACUCCACUCUUAGGCGCAGGACCCAUCUUGUUCAAUCUUUUUCCGUUGUUUUCCUUUACUGGUUCUACGUGUUUUCAUGAACUAUCUCUUUCUAUAAUCCAUCCCCCAUACAUAUACAUAUUUUUAAAACCAAUUUUCAUAUAUAAUCCCGUAUUUGUUUUUUUUUUUUUUGUUAUAAUUGUUAUUGUUAUGGCUACUUCAAGAACUGGAUCAUCUUCAUCUUCAACCACGCCGAGGAGCUCAAGCUCGGUGGAGGAGUUUCAGCAGGUUUUAAAUGAAAGGAAGCGUAAAAGAAUGGCGUCCAACAGGGAAGCCGCUCGCCGGUCUCGGAUGCGUAAACAAAAGCAGUUGGAUGAUCUGAUGGGCCAAGUUUCUCAGCUCGCACAUGAAAACAACCAGAUCCUUGUCAACAUCAACAUAACCACACAAAUCUACUUGAACAUCGAGGCCGAGAACGCGGUCCUUAGAGCUCAGAUGGCUGAGCUCAGUACCAGGCUUCAAUCUCUCAAUGAAAUCAAUGAUUUCAUAAACUCAAACAAUGGGGUUUUCGGAUAUGAUCAUCCCAACAACUAUGAAGCCGCCCAUGAUCACCAUCAUCAUCAGGUCAAUGAUGAUACCCUCAUGAAUAAUCCAUGGGGUUGUUUCUACGGCAACCAGCCCCUCAAUAUUGCUUCUGCUGAUAUGAUUAUGUACUGAUUUAAUCCUUGCUUUCUGGUAGUUUACUUGCUCUUUUAA